CGGCCGCGCCGUAGCCAUGAUCCACAGCCUGUUCCUCAUCAACGCGGCGGGCGACAUCUUCCUGGAGAAGCACUGGAAGAGCGCGGUGAGCCGCUCCGUCUGCGACUACUUCUUCGAGGCGCAGGAGCGCGCGUCCGAGGCGGAGAACGUGCCGCCCGUCAUCCCCACGCCCCACCACUACCUGCUCAGCGUCUACCGCCACCGCAUCUUCUUCGUGGCCGUCAUCCAGAGCGAGGUGCCGCCGCUCUUCGUCAUCGAGUUCCUGCACCGCGUCGUCGACACCUUCCAGGAUUAUUUUGGCGUCUGCUCAGAGGUGGUGAUCAAAGACAAUGUGGUGGUGGUUUAUGAGGUGCUGGAGGAGAUGUUGGACAAUGGAUUCCCUCUGGCUACCGAGUCCAACAUCCUGAAGGAGUUGAUAAAGCCCCCCACCAUUCUGCGGACAGUUGUCAACACCAUCACAGGAAGCACCAAUGUGGGCGAUCAGCUCCCUACAGGCCAGCUGUCAGUGGUGCCAUGGCGCCGGACUGGGGUGAAGUAUACCAACAACGAGGCGUAUUUUGAUGUGAUUGAGGAGAUAGAUGCCAUCAUCGACAAGUCGGGUUCCACAAUUACUGCCGAAAUCCAAGGGGUGAUUGAUGCUUGUGUCAAGCUGACAGGGAUGCCGGACCUCACUCUCUCCUUCAUGAACCCCCGAUUGCUGGAUGAUGUCAGCUUCCAUCCUUGUGUGCGUUUCAAACGCUGGGAGUCGGAACGGAUUCUUUCUUUCAUCCCACCUGAUGGGAAUUUCCGUCUGCUCUCCUACCAUGUCAGUGCUCAGAACUUGGUGGCCAUUCCUGUUUAUGUUAAACACAACAUCAGUUUCCGUGACAGUAGUUCGCUGGGACGCUUCGAGAUCACUGUAGGACCCAAGCAGACAAUGGGGAAGACUGUAGAAGGGGUGAUGGUCACUAGCCAGAUGCCAAAAGGUGUCUUAAACAUGAGCCUCACUCCCUCUCAGGGAACGCACACUUUUGACCCCGUGACAAAGCUGCUGUCAUGGGAUGUAGGGAAAAUAAACCCCCAGAAGCUGCCGAGUUUGAAGGGGACCAUGAGCCUCCAAGCAGGGGCCUCCAAGCCUGACGAAAAUCCCACUAUCAACCUGCAGUUUAAAAUUCAGCAGCUGGCUAUCUCUGGGCUGAAGGUGAAUCGCCUGGAUAUGUAUGGGGAGAAGUACAAACCCUUCAAGGGCAUAAAAUAUAUGACGAAGGCUGGCAAGUUCCAAGUCCGGACAUAGAGGCGUCUGAGAGCGAGGGAAGAACCACAAGCAUUCUUUUUUUUUUUUUUUUCCUUUCCACUCCUUCCCCUAUGUCCACAGCUGUUGGCUUCUUCCUUUACCCACUGUCACCCCUGCUGGGCCCACGUCUUAGGCUUGGGUUCCCCUGGAACGCUAGUGCUGAUGUGGUCAGGGAGGGGGCCAUAUAAAGGGGAAAGGGGCCAAUUGGGUAGCAUCUGUUGUAGCAGAGUCCUGAAUUCUCAGAUGGGGCAGAGGAGAAAUGAAAUGUCAGGUCCAUGGGGUUGGCACUUCAGAUAAGUAGGCUCCACUCCUGGCACCUCGCUCUGCUUCCCAGUGGAACCACUGGUGCCAACUCCCACCCCACCCCACACGCACCACACAGUCCUUGCUCAGCUGGCUGAUGUCUUUCCACGGGUGGCACAAGACUUGGUUUGAAAGAGCUGGGUUCCCAGUUCAGUGGUUUGACAUUCCGUCCUGUCCCUGACCAGGCAUUCCUGUUCAGUACUGGAUCGAGUGCCAAGCUUAGGGGAGGAGUGGUGGGUCAGGGAUGUUCUCUCGGGAGGAGCAAAGGCAGCUGGAGAGAGGAGGUGCAAGGGGAGGAUACAAAGGCCUUGGGGAGGUGGCUGGAAUAACAGUGCUUGGCAUGUGCAGCUCUUCUGAGCACCUGAGGAUGGAUGGGAAACCUGAAGCCUCAGAAUCGUGCCCUUACAAGAGGUCAUUGGAGCAGGGGUCACCCCAAGGCCUGGUAGACUGAUGUUUCUGAAUGUGCAUGUUGCUUCUUCUCUCCGUUUAGUAUUUGGGAGAGGGAAUUGCUCCUGGUUCCCUGCUGGCAGGUGGGGGUACAGUUGUGUACAUAACCUUUAUUUAAGCAUCUGUAUAAAGUGCUGUCUGACAGGAAUCCUCACUGCAGCAAGCAGAGGCUGAGCAAUGCCUUAGCAGUAAUUGGGGCAGUGACUUCUGUGUCUGACUGCUUGUCUGUUGAUGGUGAUGAGGCUCUGCUGUCCUGCUGCUUACUGAGGUGGAUGUAGGUAGUCCUGUGCUUCUGGCUGUCUAACCUCAUCCCACUCUGUCUUGCUCUACUGCGGGUGGACUCUAGCCCAUGUGGUGUGGUGUAUUUGCCUCUGGGGCCACCUGUCCUGCGAGAUGCUGUGUUGUGCUAGGCUGUACCAGCCGGUGAUGCCUCCCACUGCAGAGCAAAGCACCUGUGAGAUGUGAGCAGUGCACGCGUUGCUCUGCCUUAUCUGCAGUGCACUCUGGGCGAUGAGAUGCUGCCUGUGGCAUUUGCUGUGGCAGCAGGAUUUACCUGGUGAGCUGCUGCGCAUGUGGCUCUGGUCCCUGUGAAGCUGCUGUGGCUCUGGGCUCCAGUGCACGUAUGAGCUGGAGGGGGUGACGGGCUGUAGGGUAGCAAGUGUCUUGCUCUGCUGUGUGUGUGGUGCCUCAUUUUGGAAUGACAUAUUCCUAUGCAACUAAUGUGAACUGUGCUGCGAGGUGGCCUCAAAACUGAGCAUGCUCACUACAAAUGUACGGGUUCGAUAUGAGCAUCAAUAAAGUUGUUUUACCUGU